ACAGCUGUGUGGUAGAACCCUAAACCCUUCUCCCGUAGUCUGAUCGAGACGUUUGGAUAUCUCUCUGGCUGAGUAAAGAAAUCAUGUCUGGAGUCGCCUUGGAGCAAGUGCAGGAAAGCGGAUUGAUUGCCUUCUGCCUUCCACCUCUAUCGGAGGAUGAUCCGCUGUUCGCAGAGAAGCAGAGGUUAUUGGAUGUUAGACAACUGCAAUUCAAGUUUGUUCUGCCACUGCAUUCAUCCAUUGAAGAAGUGCUUCAAAUUGCGGAUAAGUUAGUUCAAACUGCAAGAAUAUUGUACAUGAAUGAGAUAGAACUCUACUUUGCUGGAGAUGAUGACAUUGGUCCAUUCAGCCCUAGGAAUGAGCUAGAAUCCCUUAACUUUAUACUAGCACACCUGAGCUCUUUGAUUUCAAAUGUUAAGUACUCAUCCAUUGAAGUGCUUCAUCUUGUACACAAUACAAUAUUUGCUAUGAUUAAAACUGUGGGGGACAACAACAUUGACACAAUGACUGCUAAAAAGUUUGGUACUGAUUCUGAAGAGCUAUUGUUGAAGUGGGGGCAAGAUCAUGGUCUAAAAACAAUGCUGUCAAUAACUUAUUUUGAGGAAGCUGGAAGAGGAGCAGUUGCACUAGAAGAUAUGAGCAUUGGGGACAUUGCUUUAGAAAUCCCAGAAUCACUCAUCAUAUCUGAGGACCUUGUUUAUAAUUCUGACAUGUUUGAUGUCUUGAAGAAGUUGGAUGAUAUAACUCCUGAGACUAUGUUGUUGUUAUGGAGCAUGAGGGAAAGAUUUAAUCCAAAUUCCAAGUUCAAGAUUUAUUUUGACACGUUACCUACAGAAUUCAAUACAGGGUUGAAUUUUCGAGUUGAUGCACUUGCUGCAUUAGAAGGAACCCUGCUCUUUGAAGAAUUAUUGCAAUCUAAAGAGCACUUACGCCAACAAUUUGAUGCAUUAUGCCCACAACAAUGCGAUAAUUAUCCUGACAUUUUUGAACCAAAGCUGUAUACUUGGGAUAAAUUUCUGUGGGCUUGUGAGCUUUGGUACUCAAAUAGCAUGAAGGUGGUUUUUGCUGAUGGAAAGCUAAGAACUUGCUUGGUUCCUGUUGCUGGGUUCUUGAACCACUCACUGUGCCCACACAUACUUCAUUAUGGUAGAGUAGACCCGGUAACCAAGACCCUGAAAUUUCCAAUAUCACGACCAUGUGAAAAAGGAAACCAAUGCUACCUUAGUUAUGGGAGCUUACCAAGUUCACACUUCCUUAUGUUUUAUGGUUUUGUUCCCAAAGGGGAUAACUUCUAUGAUGUUAUUCCGCUAGAUUUUGAUACUCCUGACAAUGAUGGCCAUGGAAAUCAGCCAUUGGAUGCUGCUAAUGGUAGAAACACCCACAUGGUUCGAGGUACGUGGUUGUCCAAUGCCGAUAAACCACAUGUAUAUGGAUUGCCGCCAAAAUUGUUGGCUCAUCUGCACGCUGUGUUGAAAUCUGAUGGUUCUGGACUACCCCCUUUUAUUCCUGGAGAAGAUAUAGACAAGGAAGAUGAGAGAAAUGCACUCCAAACCAUUUUAUCUAUUUUUGUCCCGAUGUUGGAAGGUCUCUGUAAUACAGAUAAAAUGGACAGGGAUAAUUCUACUUGGGAUGUAAAGCUAUCUCUAGACUACAAGAAUCUGCAAAGAAAAAUUAUUUCUUCUAUAAUCACAUCUUGCAAUUCUGGCCUACAAAUGCUGGACUAAUCAGAAGACAUAGAAGAAUU